GUUAUGUGUGCAGCCCAAGAUCACAUCAGGCCCACAUCAGGCCCGUCAUGCACAGGGAGCUGCCUGCACGUGGUCAAAGAGACGGAGAAUGACGGACCUGACCAUGUCAUUCAGAAGAUGAUCUGCGAUGUACAACCAGGAGGUGGCCUGCCAUUGCUGUGAAUGACACAGAACCCUGGCAGAUAUCUUCACCAGGGUCCUACAAAGUGAGGAGAUAUGAGGAGAACGAGGACAAGGACCCGUCAUGGCGUUGGCCAUCUCAGCACCAUCGCACAAUCUCACUCAUGGACCGUCAUGGAGGACCACAAGGAGAUCACUCAGCAGCUGGAGGGGGAUCUGUGUUUGCCAGGUGAUCGGCUGCGGUCUUGCAAAAGCCCCAUCAUAGGUAUGGCAGAGUUCUACGAGGAGAUCUUGUCCCUGGCGUUCGGCCUCACCUGUCAGAGCGUCUCCCCUCAGAUGUGGCAGCUACUUGGCGUACUGUAUGAGGUUUUCCAGCACGACUGCUUUGACUACUUCACAGAUAUGAUGCCUCUUUUGCACAACUAUGUUACCGUGGAUACAGAUAUGCUCCUGUCGAACCCUAAGCACUUAGAAGUCAUCUACAGCAUGUGCAAAAAGGUGUUAACCAUAGAUGCAGGGGAGGAUGCAGAGUGUCACGCUGCCAAACUUUUGGAGGUCAUCAUCUUGCAGUGCAGAGGAAGAGGCAUUGACCAGUGCAUCCCUCUGUUUGUGGAGGUAGUUCUGGAACGUUUGAUGCGGGGGGUGAAGUCCAGUGAGCUGAGGACCAUGUGCCUGCAGGUAGCCAUUGCUGCUCUGUACUAUAACCCAGCUCUGCUCAUCCACACUCUGGACAAUAUGCACUUCCAGCACAACCCCCAGCCCAUUACUGCCCACUUCAUCAACCAGUGGAUGAACGACACAGAGUUCUUUCUGGGGUGAGUGGGAGGUUUCUGUUGUUGGCAAAUGGACACGUUAGAAUAAUUUCAGGUAAAAAUACCCCAGAGAACUUCCUGGUUGAGUGAUAAGAAGUGAGG